GCCUCCCCACACCCACACCCAUCCCCCUCGCCCUCGCCCUCCGGCCCGGCCGCAGGAGCCGCCGUAGCCUCCGGAGGACGAUACCCUCAUCAACCCAUUGUUACCAGACAUCUCGAUUUCACGAGAGUUCUCUUCAUAUUCAAAUGUAGAUGGCAACGAAAACCAUCGCAAGUGCAACAGUGAGGGCUGUAAAAAAGCGAGUCCUCCCUAUGAGGGCUGCCCUAGUCCUCACGCCUUCAGCCGUAAAUAAAGUAAAAGAGAUCAUGUCGAAGGAAGAAGCUAAAGGCUAUGUUGGAUUAAAAGUAGGUGUACGACAAAGGGGGUGUAACGGCUUAUCUUAUACAUUAGAUUAUGCAAAAACUAAAGACAAGUUAGAUGAGGAGGUGAAACAAGAUGGCAUUACUAUUAUAAUAGACAAGAAAGCUCAGCUAACACUAUUAGGCACUGAAAUGGAUUUUGUUCAGGACAAACUAUCUGCAGAAUUUGUAUUCAAUAAUCCAAAUAUAAAAGGAACAUGUGGUUGUGGAGAAUCAUUUAGUAUAUAAAAAUUGAAAAAGUUGAUCUUUAAAAAAUAUUUUUCUCCAUGCUAAGACAUGGCACAGGUAGUCGAGUCAAGAGAAUCUUAAAUUACUUUUCAUAUAAAAUUUAUACACUAUUAUGUCACCUCAUAUAUAUUUUAACAGAAAGAAGCAAUAUAUAGCACAAUAUAAUUAGUAUAAAUGUGAUACCAAUUUAAAUUUUCUAAUGUUAAAAUCUAUAUAUAUUAAAAUCUAAAUUAUGUACACUUUAGAUUACAUGCAAUGCUAAACUUUAUUUUUCUUGGUGACAAAACAUGUAUUAUAAUAAUGUCAAAAAAGAAAGUUCAAAAUGUUAGAUUUUAUUAGAAUAAAAAUAAUAUUGUUUUUGUCUGUGUUGCUGUAUAUAGAGUUGUGUUAAUCUCUGUAAUUAUAGAGUAUUUUUGUAUAGAAUGUUAAAUAAUUAAUUAGUAUUGUGUGCUUAAUUAUAUUUGAAAAUGUAGUUGUUUAUUAUUUACUAAUUUAUUGUACAUUUUUGUACUAAAAGCAGGUGACUUAAGGCUUUACAUGAAAACUAUGGCUCAUACUUAAUGUGUUAAUUUGUAUAUAAAGUUUGUUUUGUUCACCACUUGAAUUUAUAAAAAUAAUGAUAAUUAGUGCAGACCUACCUAUUCAUAUCAGACAGACAUUAUGGACAUCAUGAUAUGGGAAAGGUAGUUAUUAUAAAAAGUAAUAAUAAAUUCUACUUCUAAUUACUCUUUGUGGAAACAUAUUAUUUUUAUACUAUACUAGCUAGUCGCCCCGGCUUCGCACGGUUCGUUGCUACUUUGUUUUAUAGUAUGUAAUAAUAAUGAUAGUACUUGAAAAUGUUGCUUCCUUUAGUCUAAAAUAUCAAAUACAGGACCUAAUUUUAUUAGAAACAUAAUUCCCUGCCCUA